AUGGACAUAUUGCCUAAUGCCAUACUGGGGGGUGUCGCCUUAACGGCGCUUGCCAUGUACAUGGAUGCGAAAUACUCGGUGAGCAGCGACCUUGCUCAAAUUCGAAGUGUACGACAAGGCCAAAAGUUUGCCCAGAGCCUAUUUGAAAGACAUGGGCAAGAUGACUGGUCGUUCUACCAUAUCGUACACGCCUCUCAUGCAGUACAAGAUACAGUUGGGGCCGACGAAGCGCUCCAGUUCGAAGGGAGAAGCUGGUCAUACAACGAGUUUAGACGGGAGAUCGGACGUGUAGCAGAGGCAUUGAGCCAUGCCGGUAUCACCAACCGAACGGUGGUAUGUCUUUUUAUGGACAACUCGCCCGAGUUCAUCUUCACCUGGUGGGCGUUGUUCAAAAUCGGGGCCAUUCCAGCCCCGAUUAACACCAAAUUCAAAGCCGAGCAUAUCAGACACUGUGCCAGCCUUUGCGAAGCCUCAUUCCUCAUUUGUACCACGGAGCUUUGGGGCGUGAUUCGAGAGGCAUAUCAUGGUCUCCAUGAUAGCGCUCCCAGUCAUCGCCAAACAACCAUCAUCUACGACGCGGGAACCUAUGUUUCUCCGCUAGAAUCUUUACCAGAUGGGGUUUUGUAUUGGGUCCAUGACAAGUUCCCUCCCGCCAAUCCUGGGACUGAUGAUUACCCAAAGUCCCAGAGACCUAAAAUUGGUCUUACGAUGCCGGUGCAAUAUCUGUUUACUUCCGGGACAACAGGCCUACCUAAAGCCGUAUGCUAUCCCGCUGGCUUUUGCCUAAUGCUCUCCAACCACGCUAGAUGGCCUGGCAUGUUUAAAACCCGUCGAAGAUUUUACAUCUGCCUACCUAUGUUUCAUGGAACAGCACAAGUAGCAGCAAUGCCUGCGACAUUGACUACGUUCGGCACUGUGAUUCUCGCUCGUCGAUUCUCUCGUCGCGAGUUCUGGGCUGAUUGUCGGAAAUACAACGUGAAUGCAAUCUUAUAUAUUGGGGAAAUGCUUCGAUACCUGGUCCAGUCCCCGCCGGACCCCAACUUCCCGGAUGAAAAGGACCAUAACGUCACUCUAGCAUUUGGGCUAGGUCUCGCACCAACUGCCUGGAAGGCUUUCCGCGAGCGGUUUGGUGUGGACUGGAUUGUAGAAUAUUAUAGCGCGACGGAGUCGACAACAUCACUGACCAACUCUACCCGGAAUAAUGCAGGAAAUGGCAAGGUCGCCCACUGGGGUCCACUGAUGAGGCGCUUCGGACAAGAUGCAUUCUAUAUUGUGAAGGCGGAUCUGGUCUCUGGGGAAAUUCUUCGAGAUCCGAAGACUGGGUUCUGUAUUCAGGCUGAGACAGACGAGCUCGGGGAAGCGAUCUGCCGCAUCAAGUCUCCAAUCCACCGGAAGCAUGACUAUAUCGGCGAUGGCGGCGACGAAUUUUUCCGGCUGGGCGAUGCACUCUUUAUGGACACUGACGGGUAUAUCUCGUUCUCCGAUCGCCUCGGGGAUACCUAUCGGGUCAAGGGUCAUAAUAUAUCCACGACGGAAGUUGAAAAUUGUCUCAGCCGCCAUCCUGACAUCGCAUCGGUUAAUGUCUAUGCCAUUCCUAUGAACCAAUACGGAUACGAAGGGCAAUUGGGCUGUGCGGCCAUUGAGUUUCAUGCAGGGUCAUGCGACCGUGCGGACAAGAUCCUCAGUGGGCUCGAACAAUGGAUGAUGAGCUCUGAGCACGGCAUCCCGGGAUAUGCUAUCCCACGGUUUUUGCGCGUCAUCGGGAACCGCUCCGACGAAGCGCUUGAUGCAGGCUCCAGUCAUGGAAAAGAAACAGAGCGGGUGUCGACCAUAAUGAAGAAGGUAAAGAUUGCGCUCCGCGGUGAAGGAUUUACGCCUGUUGGACGUAAAGAUCAGAUGUACUGGAUUGAGAAAGAAGGAUCUGGUUAUGUUCCGCUAGUUGAUGCCACUGCGCAGUCACUUCGGAUGGGGCAGUUCCGGUUGUAG